AUGGCGCCUAUAGAACCGGCCAACGACCAGUUUGUGGUUUUGCCAAUCCAGAUGCCACCAUGCCCAUCCUUCCCCGAAGUCGCCGUCCACGAAGUCCGCAUCCGACGAAAUGCGCCCAAGAUUGCCACGGCAAACGACUCGCGUAGCCUGUUCCUGAAGAACAUUCCUGCCGAUAGCACAGAACAACAUUUUCGCGCCGUAUUUAUGCAACUCGUAGGCGCAGGCCGCUUCGAGGGCAUCAGCUUCGAGGAUGAGAGCGGUGCUUUGCAUUCGAUCGAGCCAGCCCAGGCCGUCAAGAUAAAUACGAUGGCGAAGAAGCGCAAACGAGACGACAUAGAGAUGGAAGAGCAAGAAAAAGAGAGACAAGCGAUACGACUCCCCGAGAUUUGGACAAGAAGGGUACUACGCAGCAGCAGCACGGCUGUGGUGCUCCUCGCGGACGAGAAGAGCGUGCAGCUAGUUCUCAAGGCCAUCGCCAAAGCAAACAAGUCCAAAAAAUAUCCGAUUUGGGAAGACGGGCCAUUGAGCGGUGUAUCACCCCUUGGCGUGCCUUGGAUAUCAUCGCACCUGCGAGACUCGCGUGUGGACAAGGCGGCUGCUCGCAGGUCGGUGCAUGCCUUCUUCAACGCCUUUAACCGCAAGGAGAAGGAAGCCGCUGAGUUGGCCAAGAGACUGCGCAAUGAGCCCGAUGAGGAUGGUUUCGUUACUGUUGCACGGGGUGGUCGCACAGCGCCGGCUAGCAAGUUUGAGGCUGAAGAGGCCAAGCGUCGCCAGGUGGACAAGGACACAAAGAAGAAGUCCGGAAUGCAGGAUUUCUACCGCUUCCAGCUGCGCGCGCGGCGCAAGGAGGAGCAGGCCGGUUUGAUGAGGAGGUUCCAACAGGACAGGGAAAAGGUCAACGCGAUGAAGGAGAAGCGCGGCAAAUUCAGGCCCGAGGCGUGA